CAGGUCCAGGAUCCGGAUCGAGCUGGCGUCCCCCACCCCCCAGCGCAUCCCAUCUUCUAUAAAGGAACGCACGCGCGAGCCCUCCAGUUUCUGGUUCUGUCGCGUUGCGGACUGUACCAAAGAUCUGGACGGCGAGGGACAAAGCCCGGAACCCCCUGCGUGGGCCUCGUCCAUAGCCCCUCUUCACACUGCGCCAGGAAUGGUUCUUCUCGGCGCGCAAGCGCCCUAGGCUCUUCACGCCCCUCGCGCUGCUUCGUCUCCUACUUGCAGCGCAGGCGCCGAGCCCGGGCGUGUAGCCGCCGCCGCCGCUGAGCCGGAGCGGGGGCCGCCCUCGCCGGUGAGUGUCCGGGAUCAAGCAUCCCUCUACCUGCUGACACCCUCCUGCAUUAGAGAACUUGUGGCCGAGGUGUUUCUGUGGAGAGCUGGCCAGGGAGGGACACUGCCUAGCUGCUGCUCUGUUCCUGUCUGCUCCUCUGGCCAUGACAGAGACCCGUGAGCCAGCUGAGACUGGGGGCUACGCCAGCUUGGAAGAAGACGAUGAGGACCUCUCUCCAGGCCCCGAGCAUUCCUCUGACUCCGAGUACACACUCUCAGAGCCGGACUCUGAAGAGGAAGAAGAUGAGGAGGAAGAGGAGGAGGAGACCACUGAUGACCCUGAAUAUGACCCUGGCUACAAGGUGAAGCAGCGCCUGGGUGGGGGCCGGGGCGGCCCGUCCCGCCGGGCCCCCCGAGCAGCCCAGCCCCCGGGCCCCGCAGCCCAGCCCUGCCAGCUCUGUGGCCGCUCACCCCUUGGGGAGGCCCCGCCAGGCACCCCACCCUGCCGCCUCUGCUCUCCUGCCACAGCCCCCCAGGAAGCCCCCGCCCCGGAAGGCAGGGUGCUGGGGGAGGAAGAAGAAGAGCCCCCUCGGGCUAGGGAGGGCCGACCCGCCGGGAGAGAGGAGGAUGAGGAUGAGGACGAGGAGGGCACCUACCACUGCACGGAGUGUGAGGAUUCCUUCGACAACCUCGGGGAGCUGCACGGGCACUUCAUGCUGCAUGCCCGGGGGGAGGUGUAGGCGAGUCCCCUCCCAGGAAGCCUGGCAGGAGGGGUUGGGUGGGAAGAGGGAGCUGAGGAAACCGGGUGCUUGAAAUGGUCUUUGGGGGGGGUUACUGCUGAUCUGUGUCCUCUUAGUAUGUGUGAAGGCCAGAAUAAAGCCAGAUUCUGUGUGUGUCAGUCCA